CGCGUAAGCCUGUCAAGGCUGCCAGUGUUCGUCCACCUGCCACUCGUUCAGUCAGAUUCUCUCGUUCAUACCACCGACUGCUGUUUCUUCUACUUACCAAAAUGCCGAAUUGGUCGUCACCAGCGGAGCUACUUACGGAUACGAACGCGCUCGCCAACCUUCAACAUGGAUUGUUCGGGCUAUACGGCUGGGAGUUCAUCUGUUCGAUGGACUUCGAUUGGGCCGUAGUUUCAGGCAAGACGAGGUUCAAGUGGCCUUUAACGUUCUAUCUGGCCAACCGAUACAUUUUGAUGUUCGGGCUUGUCGGCAUCGCGAUCGCGCUAGACACCACAAAGCCGAUCAACUGCCAUGCGCUUUACGCGUGGAUCCAAUUUUCAUGCGACGCUGCCGCGGGCCUGGCUAGCAUCAUAUUCUCCCUGCGAACUAUCGCAAUCUGGUCGCGCAAUAAAUGGAUAAUUACCCUCCUUGUAACGGUCAUUCUCGGUCAAUGGACCUUAAUUCUUCGAAGCGUUAUCCUCCUAGAGGCAACGUAUAUACCCGGACAGACCUGCGAUGCUGUCAACGAGAACACCACCAUCUCCGCUGCCACAUUCCUCUACUCUACGUGCUUCAACCUGCUCGUCUUCCUACUUUCAGCGUACAAGCUCAACUCUAUCCGAUGCAACAAACCAAGCACCUCAAGCCGCCUUGCUGAGGUGAUGUUCACCGAUGGCCUCAUCUACUUUGUCUUGGCAAUCGCUUUCAACGCCGUCGCCGUCGCCUUCACGCUCCUCAACUGGAAUGCAUUCAUGAGCGUCAUCUUUAGCGUGCCCGCGGUCGUCAUGUCCUCUAUUUCUGCUUCCCGCAUCGUUCGGCGCCUCGGCGACCAUAGCUUCACCGAUCCUGAAGUCUACACCGACUCCGAACCGCCUUCUAGGCCCAACCUCGUGCUACGCAGCGCUCCCGCCCCUACACGUGUUCUCACUCGCUCUGGGUCUACCAAAGUCGCCAGGAACGUAGGUCCCACGAACAUAUGUGUUCGUAUGGAGACUGUCACGCACACGGACGAUCUCAACGGCGAAGUGUACUGCGGUACAACGCCGGAAUCCAUGCCAAGUGCGUUGUCGAUGGAUGUCCGUGAGGAGCAUAAACACUACGAGAAGGAUGGCUCUGACGAUGGGGAUGAAGAUGAAAUCAAGAUAAGUCAUGGAAUCUAACUCAAAUGCCCAUGAGCCGUGUAUAUUAUGGCAUCCCCUCUGGUGCUUGAUAUGUGGAGAUGACUGGGACGGCAAAACGACUGGUCUCCACGGCUGAGGCUUCCCGGCAUUGCUGAGAAGAGCAGGUGUCGUAUCGAUGGGAUAAUAGAUAUAGAUUAUGAUCGUAUUGGGCACACUUCUGGUAUUGAAAACGUAUAAUGCGCUGCGAAUUGAUAGGCUAAUGAUACCCCCCUCACUUUAACAACUGUAACGACUAGCAAAAAUACAUAAUUG